GUCUAACUCUCUCGGCGGUUCCAGACUGUCAGCCACCAGCUCUGAACGGCUUGGGCGGCCGGGGCGGCGAGGCUCGGAGGCGGCGGGCGGGAUGAGCGCGGCGCGCGGCGGCGGAGCGGUGCGGACGCUGCGGGUGCCGGGCCGCCACGGCUACGCCGCCGAGUUCUCCCCGUACCUGCCAGGCCGCCUGGCCUGCGCCGCCGCGCAGCACUACGGCAUCGCGGGCUGUGGAACCCUGCUAAUACUGGAUCAAAAUGAAACUGGGCUUAGGCUUUUUAGAAGCUUUGACUGGAACGAUGGUUUGUUUGAUGUGACCUGGAGUGAGAACAAUGAACACGUGCUGGUCACCUGUAGUGGCGACGGCUCACUGCAGCUCUGGGACACCGCCAAAGCCGCAGGCCCGCUGCAGGUCUACAAGGAGCACACUCAGGAGGUGUACAGUGUUGACUGGAGCCAGACCAGAGGUGAACAGCUUGUGGUGUCUGGCUCAUGGGAUCAAACUGUCAAACUGUGGGAUCCAACCGUUGGAAACUCUCUGUGCACCUUUAGAGGCCACGAAAGUGUCAUUUAUAGCACAAUCUGGUCUCCCCACAUCCCUGGUUGUUUUGCUUCAGCUUCAGGCGAUCAGACUCUGAGAAUUUGGGACGUGAAGGCAACUGGAGUCAGAAUUGUGGUUCCAGCCCAUCAGGCAGAAAUUUUGAGUUGUGACUGGUGCAAAUAUAAUGAGAAUUUGCUGGUGACGGGGGCAGUUGAUUGUAGUUUGAGAGGCUGGGACUUGAGGAAUGUACAGCAACCAGUAUUUGAACUUCUUGGUCACACCUAUGCUGUUAGGAGAGUGAAAUUUUCACCAUUUCAUGCUUCUGUGCUGGCCUCUUGCUCCUAUGAUUUUACUGUAAGAUUCUGGAACUUUUCAAAGCCUGACCCUCUUCUUGAAACAGUGGAACAUCAUACAGAAUUUACUUGUGGUUUAGAUUUAAGUCUUCAGAGUCCUACUCAGGUGGCUGACUGUGCUUGGGAUGAAACGAUAAAGAUAUAUGAUCCUGUUUGUCUUACCAUGCCUGCUUGAGAUAAGCUACUCCAUUCAGAAACAAAGGAUAUUGACUGAAGAACAUUGCUUAACAGGAAUUAAAUGAUUGAUAACAGAGAUUUUAUGCUUUUAUAUAUAUUCAGAUUUCAUCUGGAAUCAGUUUUGAGGCAGCUGAUAAAGACUUUGGCUCACUAUUUAAGCCUGGUACAUAAGCCAUAUUUCUUAAAAACCUAAGAAAUAAUUGAUGUUAUGGUAUAUCGUAUAGUAUCUGUUAAAAUAUAACCUCUCUACUAUAAAAUGGAUUAAAUAUAGAGGUCUGUAGAUUAUAUGAUAGUGAUAUAUUUCCUUUUUAAAUUGUCAUUUUUGAUGUAAAAUACAAUCACUGCUCUUGAUAAAAAUCACAAUAAACUGCAUCCCUUGGUCAUUUAUGAUUUUAUGACACCCCCAGCAAGGUUGCUUUUUCUAAUAUAGUAUCUAUAUGAGUAUAAUACUGUAUAACAUAGAGGUAUCUAUGGUUCAGUAACAGGGUUCUAAUAACUGCUGAAUAAGUCAGCAUGAGUCAGUCAGCCAUACUGAGCAGCUACUGUAUGCUUGACACACAGAGUGAAUGAGAUUCUCUCAAGGAUUGGUGUCUGUCAUGCUUUAAAAACAUGGAAUGCUGAGAGUGAGGGCUUAAUGUGUUUCUUACAUUUAAACAAAUAUUUUUAGAUAUUAUAUUCAUGACCCUAUAUUUCUCUCCUCUUAUUUCUCUACUAUUAUAUCAAAUUAAAAAAAAAAAAAAAAACUGGUCACUGGCCAAAAAGUCUUAAGUCCUACUAGGGUUUCAUGAAAUUACCCUUGAAACUAAGUCAUGAAAGCCCUAAGUAAUGCUAUAAACCCUCCUCACUACCUCCCUAAGUCUUGAAAAAUCUCUAGGUGCUGAUGACCUGUGAAAAAAAGUAGAUUAAAGGGAAAGAUUAGUAAAAUAGAUAACUUUACAUAACAUUUAUAUUUUUAUAUAGUAUUAAAGUGUGUUAUAAAUGUCAAAAAUUGUCAUCAAAUUUUAACAAGUUUUUGAGAAUUUUUAAAGAGCAAAACAUACUUUAAUCAGAAAAAUAAAUAAAUUAAAAUAAAUGUGUAUUUUCUAAUUUACAUAUUUCCUGUUCACUUGGUACAGAAAAAAUGGAGUACUUACAAAAUGCAAAAAACAAGACUACAUAAGAGAUAGAACAAAGGAAUCAUAAGGUGGAGCCAGGCGUGGGCUUGAAAAUAUAUGCCUUCAAAUCCUAGAAAGUUACUACUGGCAGCAUAAAUGGCAAGUCUGGUCAAGUACAUAGUUCAUUGCCCAAGGCUUGAGGGCAAAGACUUCAUCCUAGUCCCAGGCUUGGCCCUAGCACCAUGCCUAACACCUAGAAGGUGUUUAAUGAAUAUUUGUUAAAUGAAUGCAUGAUCUCAGGGAAAGUAUAACUUUUCAGUUUUUAGACCAAUCAAUGCUAGUUGUUUUUUGAGAGGCCCCAGAAAGAGGACACUGCUUCACGUGAGUGCAUUGUAAGGAACAAGGAGCUCAGACACACCCUUUGAACUGUCAGGAUGAUGAGGUAGGUUCACAGAGCUGUUUCAGGUUGCUUCCCUCCAUAAGAACUGAACUAUCAGACCAAGUGCAGUGCAGUAAAAGCCAGUUCACAGUGAAUGUUCUCUGUAUCAGCAGACUUUAUAAUCGACCUUUUAAAAUACCUAACCCAGAUCAUAUUUACAAUGAAAUGAAAUUAUUUUUCUUUCAGAAUGCAAGAGAUUUUUAAAAUAAAAUCAUUUGAAACAAAUACUUGUGAUUUAAAAA